AUGGACUCAAAGGAGGGACAAGAACGCUUGAGCACGUCAUCAGCGCCUAAUGGGGACGAGUCCGCUGCGGCGUCUUCUCCACGCGUGAAGAGCGAAGCGUCGCGCUCUGGCAUCAACCCAUCGCAUGCUGCUUCUUAUGAGCCCGUAUUCGGUUCCGUAGCUCGGCUCGUAGCAAGUGUUUCCCGCUGCCUCGUGCAGCUCCGAUUCCGCCGCCACCGCGCCGGGCUCUGGGGCGAAAUGGAUAUCCCCUACGGCUCCGGCUCUUCAAUACCGCUUUCCGGGGGCAAUAUGGCCAAUAUUCCCCAUCUCAUUUCGGUUAUCCCCCCAUUGAACAAGUACACCGAUGUGAUCAAGACCCUAGCCAACUCUAACAAGCUCCAGGAACCGUUCCACAUGAGGUCGCGGCGUCGCUCCUUCGCUCAAGACACGAGCGGCCCUAGCGAACCCGUCCUACAGCGCAAGCCGAUGUCAACGAUUCGAUCUCCAUUUGGCGUGUGCAACCGUUGGUACUCCAACUUCCUUGUCAUGAAUGACCCCCAGGCCUGGCCCUACCCUCGUCUACCGCCCGAACUUCAGCGAUGCCUGGGAAACGAAUAUGUGGCUCCGGCUACCUGUUACGACCCGUCAUUACAGCUCUCUGCACCAGCUAGCCAUGGCGGCCCAGAUUUCGCUGCUCAUGGAAUCGUUUGGCAUGCUGCGGAUGGAGGAUUACGUUCUUCCACAAUCAAGCUGCCGAGCAACGCUGACGAUUGGCAGGAUCUCAUCGCGAGCAACGGUCCAUCUCCGUCUAUCGCCGAUCACUCAGAAGCUUACGCAUCUCAGCACCCGGAUGAAGGUGCGCUACAUGAGUACCAUGAGGAGGAUGAGCGGGUUAGAAAGAGGAGUCGUAAGAAGUGA